UCACCCUCCUCCCUUGGCGUCUCGGGUUCCGGCACUUGUACUCACUUUCCCUUUCCGCGCCAACUCCCAUUGCCACAUAUAGCAAGCUAUCUGCUCUAGCUGUGUGCAUAUAUAUUUGUGCGGGCAGGAGAGUCCAUGACGAGCGGCGGCGGUGGUGGCGGCGCGGGCGUGGACGCGGCGGGGGUGGCGCCGUUCGUGGCGAAGACGUACCGCAUGGUGGAGGACCCGACGACGGACGGCGUCAUCGCGUGGGGCAGGGACAACAACAGCUUCGUGGUGGCGGACCCCUUCGUGUUCGCGCAGACGCUGCUGCCCGCGCACUUCAAGCACUCCAACUUCUCCAGCUUUGUGAGGCAGCUCAACACUUACGGUUUCCGGAAGGUCGAUCCGGACCGUUGGGAGUUCGCGCACGUGUCGUUCCUGCGCGGGCAGACACACCUCCUGCGCCAGAUCGUCCGCCGGAGCAGCGGCGCCGGCAAGCGCAAGGACGCCGGCGCCGGAGGGGACGCCGGUACGGGCGACGAGGACGCGGUGGUCAUGGAGGUGGUCCGGCUGAAGCGGGAGCAGAGGGUCAUCGAGGACCGGAUGGCGGCGAUGUGGCACCGCGUGCAGGAGACGGAGCGCCGGCCGAAGCAGAUGCUCGCGUUCCUCAUCAAGGUCGCCGGCGAUCCGCAGGUGCUGCGCCGCCUCGUCGCCGGCGGCGGCGACGGGUUCGCCUCUGGGCCGGACGGCGGCGGGGAGAUCAAGAGGGCGCGGCUGCUUCUUGAUGGUGACCGCGAUGGGGCGGGGAGGCGCGCCGACGGGUUCGACGGCGGUGGCUUCGAGGAAGCCGUCGACUUCACCGGUUUCUACAACGGAGACGACGGGUUCGGCGGCGACGCCGUGGCCAGCGACGUCGAAGGCGGGUACCCGCCGCCCUACGCGUUCCCCGUGGGCAGCAGCGGCUACUGACAGCGCACAAGCUGUUUCGGAGUUGGGACGUUGUCUGCCGAUCGAUUCGUGUACGUGUUUCGUGCUCCCAAACUGCUCGGACGCGGCAACAACGGUGGACGCUGCAGGAAGCUAGCGGGUAGCGCCGUAGCGGUAGGGUGGUACAAGUCGUCUCGGCGUCCGAAUAAGAGGUUUUUUUUGUAUAAGUGUAAAACCUUCAGGCCCACUGGCUUCUGUCUCGGAGUGCCUAGCCCUUGAUGCAGUGGUAAAUUAUUCGACGGGGUUUUCAGACCCACUGGACAUGAGUUCGUAAUGUUGUACAGUGCUACCAUAGCUAUAUAUGUAGUAACUGCUAUCAAAAAUGGAGAAUGUCUUA